AACUCGAGGCACAAUGGCGUUUUUUACUCAGCUCUGGCUACUGACGUGGAAAAACCUGACAUUACGCCGGAGGCAAAAGAUUCGACUUCUCAGUGAGUUGAUAUGGCCUGUACUGUUGUUUGCGAUUGUUGCCGUGGUGAGACAAAAUCAGAUGCCUAUUUCCAUAGAUGAAUGUCAUUUUCUUGGCAAGGCACUUCCCUCGGGAGGCCUCCUGCCUUUCUUCCAGUCAUUCAUGUGUGACUUUGAAAGCAAGUGUCAACCAAACGAAACCUAUGGCGAGGGCAGUGGAAACGUCAACAACUUUAGAGAUGCGGGACUAACAAGAUUACUAGAAGAUAUAGAGAUAAUCAUGACAAACAGGACAGUCCUGGAGGCUGUGAAGACUCUCCUCAUCCAAGUUAGUGAACUGAACAAACUGCUUCCUUACUUGAAGAAUCUGGAUAAGUUUCCAAACGCAGAAUCAAAGUCCCUCAUGGAUUAUCUCAAGGACCCAGAUAAGGUGAAGAGAUUUCUAACAGAGGACCUUCAACUAUCACCGGCAGUGGCAGAUGCAAUCCUGAAUGCAAAAAUGACUCCAGAACAGGUUCUUUCCCUACUGAACACCGAGACCUUCCAGGAUGUGUCCUGUGAUAAAGAAGAGCUGCAGAAAUUGUUUGGCGUGGAGAAUCAGACCACACUGGACACGAUGCAGAGGGAGCUGUGCAACCUGACUGCAGAUGACCUUGCCAGUCUGAGCAAAAUGCUGGCCGGCCAGGUCGAUAUUGACAAACUCAUUUCCCUCUCAGCGCUUCGUGCUGGAGGCAUUCCAGGCCGUGUUGGCAAUGGGGGUGGAAUCCAACAGUACACCGGGAUCCCAGUUGAGGAUCUGCUGCUCAAUAAGACAGCACUGAUUGACUUCCUGCAAGAGGAGUACGGUGUGUCGGAACAGGAUGCAGAGCUCCUGGUUGAUUCCAUCGACAAUCCCAAAAUACUUUUGCUUUUGCUUCAAGGACGCAACAUGCGCGACACCGUUUGCAACACAACCCUUCUUGAUGACUAUGUCACAACCACAGACCCCGAUCAGAUAGAGGAAAUGAGCGAGACACUCUGCAACCUGACCGACAUUGAUUUGGACCGAUUGUCCCGUGAGGUCCAGUCUGUUAUUAAUUACCCUGCUCUGUGGAAAGCCCUGAACGGAACUGAUGUGAAUGAAUGGUACAAGAACUCCCUGACACUACUGAUUUCCCUCGCACGUAAGAUUUCACAAUUGGACAGCUUCAAUGAGCUGGUCGACGAGAUCAAUCUGUUGUUCUAUGAUAACAACACCAACGAGCUCAUCUGCGGCAGUGUCGGCGAGCUGAUCAACUUCAACAACAUCAGCUUCGGCGGGGCAGGUGCAGACAAAGGCUUUGGGAACUUUGGGGACUUAAAGCGAUUGAGCAGUGGGAUGCAGAGUCUGAUGGAUGGAAGUGCCAGGAGAGGGAGACGAUCGACAGACGACUUGCAGGCGCCGGAAGAGGACUGUGAUUGGGUGCAGCAGAUUGCAUCCACAGAGAUUGGGGAAAUCAUGUGGGACCGAAUCAAGCCGAUGAUACAAGGGUUCAUUCUCUACACUCCUGACACCAAAGCCACCAGACGGAUUAUGAAGGAGGCUGAGCAACCCUUUGCCUCCAUGCGACUAUUCAGGGAUCUACUUUUGAAAUGGCGGCAGUACUCCCCAUUGCUCCGACAAUUCAUAGAAACUAACCCAGCUCUGGAUGUAGUCAAUCAAUUUCAAGAAAACCCAGACUUGAUUCCACAAUUGGAGAAAUUACUCCAAACCAACUCCACUCCGGAUUUCCUCUGGUUAAAGAAAGUUCUUCUGGAUGCAGAGAACGACAAGAGAGAAAACAACAUUACUGACUCCUGGCUGGCAGCGAUAGAUGCCAUUGACGAAUUUGCCAACUCAACCCUAGAGAUUCUGAAAUGUGUGAAUCUUGAUAAAGUUCGAGGAUUUGACACUGAAGAUGAAUUCAAAGAAGCUGCCAGAGUUUUACAAGGAAAUCAUACAUUCUGGGGAGGUGCUGUGUUUAUGGACUUCAACCAAUCUGCCAGUAACAAGACCAUCCCACCCCAUGUCAAGUAUGAGCUGCGCAUGGACAGCAGUAUGGUGCGUAGCACCAACAGAUACAAGCAGAAUUUCUGGUAUCCAUCCCCCAUGAGCGACGUCUUCUCUUACGGACAGUACAUCACUGGAGGAUUUGUGUUUCUCCAAGACAUGCUUGACCAAGGGAUUAUCAAGGCCUCUCUCGGGAAGAAAGAUGCUGGUGCAGGCACCUACAUCCAGGAAAUGCCCUACCCAUGCUACACGGAUGACUUCUUCAUUAACACCUUGGGAGCCGCUCUGCCACUCUUCAUGGUCCUGGCCUGGGUCUUCUCAGUGGCCAUGAACAUCAAGGACAUCGUCCUGGAGAAGGAGCUGCGGCUCAAGGAGGUGAUGAAGGUGAUGGGCAUGGGCAACGCCGUGCACUGGGUGGCCUGGUUCCUCAACAGCUUCGCCGUCAUGCUUGUUAGCAGCAGCUUGCUGGUCCUGGUGUUGAAGGUGGGCAACAUCAUCAUCAACACCGACACGUCCAUCCUCCUCUUGACGAUGGUGUCCUUCAGUUUCUCCUCCAUCGCCCUCUGCUUUCUGAUCAGCACGUUCUUCUCCAAGGCCAACCUGGCGGCAGCGUGCGGUGCUGUGAUUUUCUUCCUGACCUACAUCCCCUACAGCAUGGCCUAUGCCUGGGAUUCUAGGUUGCCCCUCCCUGCAAAGUUUGCCCUAAGCCUAUCUAACACCAUGGCAUUCGGGUAUAGCUGUCAGUAUUUGAGCCUGUUUGAGACCCAGUCCACAGGGGUGCAGUGGGGGAACAUCAAUGACAUGCCUCAAACCUCGGCAGAAUCCAUGACCUUCUUACAAGUCUUGGCUAUGAUGUGGGUGGACACCUUCAUCUAUAUGCUGCUGACGUGGUACAUUGAGGGGGUCUUUCCAGGUGCCUAUGGCAUACCUCGUCCCUUCUACUUCCCAUUUCAACGAUCCUAUUGGUGUGGUUCUCGGACAACUGAUGCUCUCGAUGAGGAGGUUUUAACAUCUAGCAAUGACCUGCUGACAGAUAAUGCAGACUUUGAGGCGGAGCCAACCCAUCUGAAGCUGGGAGCCUCAAUCUGCAACUUGUACAAGAUCUACAAGACGGGCAAGAAGCUGGCUGUCAACAAUCUCAGUGUCAACUUCUACGAGGGGCAGAUCACCUCGUUCCUUGGCCACAACGGUGCAGGCAAGACAACAACAAUGUCCAUUUUGACGGGGCUUUUCCCUCCUACGGCCGGCACAGCCUACAUCUAUGGCAAGGACAUCCUGAGAGACAUCAGUCGAAUCCGCAAGAGCCUUGGCAUGUGCCCUCAGCACAAUGUGCUCUUUGACUACCUGACAGUAGCAGAGCACCUCUGGUUUUAUGCCAGGGUGAAGGGUGCAACAAAUCAGGAAAUCCACAUUGAAAUGGAGGAGAUGCUGAAGCACCUGCGGCUACAGCAGAAGAGGAACGAAUUGGUGAACAACCUGUCUGGUGGAAUGAAACGCAAGCUGUCCAUUGCCAUAGCCUUUGUGGCUGGGUCCAAGAUGGUCAUUUUGGAUGAGCCGACGGCAGGAGUGGAUCCCUAUGCGAGGAGGGAGAUCUGGGAGCUACUUGGCAAAUACAAGGAAGGCCGCACUAUCAUCAUGUCCACCCACCACAUGGAUGAGGCAGACGUCCUAGGUGAUCGCAUCGCCAUCAUCUCCGCCGGCCAGCUGAGAUGCUCCGGAUCCUCCUUGUUCCUCAAGGGCCGCUUCGGCAAUGGCUACUACCUGGUCCUCAACAAGUGCAUACCGGGCAGUGACAUCCCGCUCUCUGCCCAGCCCAUUGGCGACCUGGCCUACAACACUGCCCUGAGCAAGGGUCCGGAUGUCGUCACAGAGGCGAUAAUGAAUCGCCAGGAGGAAGACAAGAAGAGGGGGAUGGACUUGGAUGUUGUUGAGCCAACUGAGAUGAAAGUUGCCCUUGAGCUGGAGGAGAAUGAUCUGCAGCCCAAGAAAGCAAAGCCACCUAUUGACAUACCAGAUGGAGGCUCUUGUCAGGAGUCGGUUGUGACCCGCUUCAUCCAGAGCUACCUCCCCUCAGCAACACUGUGUGAGAACCUCGGCACGGAGCUGAGCUACAUACUGCCCUCAUCAGCCACAGAGGUAGGCUGUCUGGAGUUCCUCUUCAAAGAGCUGGAGAUGUUCAAGGAUCAGCUCUACAUCACCAAUUUUGGCAUCUCGGACACCUCCUUGGAAGAGGUCUUCCUGUCUGUCACCGAUGACAUAGGAGUCUUUAACCAAGGUGAAACCACCCAGGGGACAGACGACGGUGCCCUGCCACGUCCCUUUAUGGGGCGGGGCAGUCUGAAGAGGCGGAGUUACCAACUCCCGGCCCAGAGCACCAGCAUCAAGGAACGGCGCAGACGCAGUGUCAAAGUGCGACGCAACCAGGGAGUCCAGCCCACUGAAUCUGCCAAUGGGGAGGCUGUCCUCGGUGACGAUGAAGUGGAUGCUAAACACGGGACAGCUCAGGAGCCUGCGGCAGAUACCCAGAACUUAGACAGCAUUAACCUGGAGGAUGCCGCGGAGAGCGACUGUCCUGGCCAAGAGGCUGACAACCAGCCCCAUGGUAACCACCGACAGCGUAGCUACAAGUCUAGCCUGAAGCUGAACCGGCAGUCUAGCCAACAGACCAGCCGGCCCAAGAUGCACCGGCAGAUCAGCCGGCAGCUCAGCCGGCAGCUGAUACGGCAGGCCAGCCGAGAGGCCGUGGAGAUCCAGCAGAAGAACAUAUCAGUGGCUAACGUACGCAUGCCAGAUGCGGCAACCAAUGAGCCGCGUCCCCGAAACCUGACAGGCCGUGAGGUCCAGGGCAUCAACCUCAUCUGCAGGCAGUUCAUGGCGCUCAUGAUCAAACGAUUCCACCACUUCCGGCGCAGCAAGAAAGGGUUCUUUGCUCAGGUCAUUCUUCCAGUCGUCUUUGUGUGUCUGGCCAUGGUCUUCACCAUCAUCCAACCAGUCACAACCGAAGCACAGAGGCUUCCCCUGGUACCCUGGCUGACUGGUACCCCAAACUACAUCUUCUACAGCAACGAUGAUCCUGGCAGCGAUCUGGCUGUAGGAAUGGAAAUGACGAUAGCCGAGGAUGACCCGGGCAUUGGCACCAGGUGUAUGGCGGACAAUCCAUUCGUGGAGAUGAGAUACCUCUGUGAACCAGACAAAGCCACUCGCUGGAACAGUGAGGAAAUGGACCCUAAUACCUACAUCAAAUACUUGAAGGGUGAACUUAAAUGUGAAUGCAGCGGCAAAGGCUUUGAGGUAUGCGAUCCCGGGGCGGAGGGCCCACCCCCUCCCGAGAGGGUGGUCCCAACAACAGACUUUCUCCAGAAUCAUACUAGCAUGGAAAUCAGUUGGUAUCUGAAGACGACCACGCAGGAGUACGUCUGGAAAAGAUUUGGGGGUGUGAGUUUCCUUGAGAAAGAUGAAAUGGCUCCGCUUACGUUGAAUAUCAGUGAGGACAUUUUGACCGACUGGAGUGGAGAGUGGGAGAACCCCUUUGACCGAGACAGACGAUUCGCAGCCCCACAAGCCACGGAUGACAUACCGGACGAUCAGGACAUACUUCCGUCAGACGGCACCCUGAAGGAACUCUAUGCUGUCCUGCUAUCAUUGGCACGCUUCAAGAAUGUCAAGGUCUGGUGGGACAACACAGGUUUCCAUGCCCUCCCAGCCUUCAUCAAUGUGGCUAACAACAUGCUGUUUCGUGGCAACUUUGAGGAAUCCCUGCGAGAGAAGUAUGGAAUCACAGCAUACAACCACCCCAUCAAUAUGACCCAGGACCAAAUUGAGGAGCAAGUCUUGAAGCAAACGCCUAUCAUCAUGGGGACAGCUAUAUUUAUCGUGUUUGCAUUGGCCUUCGUGCCAGCCAGCUUUGUUGUCUUCCUGAUCGCAGAACGUGAGUCCAAGGCCAAGCACCUGCAGAUAGUCAGCGGUAUAAGUCCGACCAUCUACUGGGUGUCAACAUUGGUCUGGGACUUGGUAAACUAUCUUAUACCAGCUGUGCUGACCAUAGUGAUUUUCCUGUGCUUUGAUCAGCAAGCCUACAUCAGCCGUCAAACUGCACCUGCUACUGUCCUCCUCCUGCUUAUGUAUGGUUGGGCAGUCACACCGAUGACCUAUCCUAUCUCCUUUAUCUUCACGACGCCCAGCACGGCUUACCUGUCAGUGGCCUGUGGUACAAUGCUCCUCGGCGUUCUCACCAUUAUGACCACGUUUAUCUUAGAGUUCUUGGGUGGAGGUGAUGAGGCUGUACAGGCCGUCAAUGAUGCCAUAAUGCAACUGUUCCUCAUCUUUCCGCCGUUUUGUCUCGGCCGAGGGUUGGUGGACAUGUCGCUCAACGAAAUGAAGAAUGAACUAUAUGCUGAAAUUGGAAUUGAGUCCCAGCCGUACAACCCACUGGAUUGGAACAAUGUUGGGCGUAACAUCUUUGCCAUGGGCAUCAUUGGUACUGGCUUCUUUACCCUGACUCUACUCAUCGAAAAUAGGUUCUUCUUCAAGCCAAGACAUAUUGAAUCUGAACAUAUCCCGCUGGCUCUUGAAGAUGAUGACGUGGUGCGCGAGAGGCAGAGAGUGUUGUCAGGAGGAGCUGACAAUGACAUCGUGCGAGUGGAAAAUCUCACCAAGGAUUAUAACACUAGCCGAGGUGUCUUCACUGCUGUUGAUAGGAUGUGUGUUGGCAUUCCAUACGGAGAGUGCUUUGGACUUCUGGGCGUGAAUGGCGCGGGCAAGACCACCACCUUCAAGAUGCUGACAGGAGACACGCAGGUCACCUCAGGCUCGGCCUACGUCAAGGGAUUCAGCAUCCUGAAAGACAUGAAGCGAGUACGUCAGAACAUCGGGUACUGCCCGCAGUUCGAUGCGCUGAAUGAGUUGCUGACUGCCGAGGAGCAUCUGGCCUUCUAUGCCCGGCUCCGAGGCAUUCCUGAAGCUGAUAUUAAGAAGGUGGUACAGUGGGGAAUCAAGAAUCUAGGCUUGUCCAUGUAUGCCAAGCGCAUUGCUGGCACCUACAGUGGUGGGAACAAGAGGAAGUUAUCAACGGCCAUCGCCCUCAUAGGGGAUCCCGAGCUUAUAUUCCUGGAUGAGCCCACCGCAGGAAUGGACCCCAAAGCACGUCGCUUUCUGUGGAAUCGCAUCACCGGCAUUGUCAAGGAAGGCCGCUCGGUCAUACUCACAUCUCACAGUAUGGAGGAAUGUGAGGCCUUGUGUACAAGAGUUGCCAUCAUGGUCAACGGACGAUUCAAAUGCAUUGGAAGCACACAGCACCUCAAAUCAAAGUUCGGCGACGGCUACACCAUAUCCAUCCGUGUGGGUGGGGACCCACCCAACAUGGAGCCCCUGAUGGUCUUUGUGGCCGAGUCCUUCCCAUACAGCAUACUGCGGGAGCGCCACUUCAACAUGCUGGAGUACCAGAUGCCCUCCACUUCGGCCUCCCUGGCCAAAGUGUUUGGGGCGUUUGAUGCCAACAAGCAGCGGUUCAACAUUGAGGACUACUCUGUCAGCCAGACGACAUUGGAUCAGGUGUUCAUUAACUUUGCCAAGGAGCAGACGGCAGGAAUAGAGGACACCCAACAAGCCCAAGGCAUGGAAGUGACAGUAAUCAACAUGCCCGAUGGGCAACUUCCAGAUGGGAACCAAGUCGUUGUGCCACCAGGCAUGGGAACUGUGCAGUUUCUACCUGAGAACAGCACCAUCGGUGGGUUUGCCUUUGCAGCAGCAAACAUCUUCGGGGGAGUGAUUCACCACGAUGAGCAGCCAGGUCACAGCCCGGCGGUGCCCCAGUCCCAUUCACCCGCUGCCUACCCCGGUGGGGGUCUCCCCAGUGCUCUGACCAGGCAGGACAGCCAGGGCUUCACCAACCCAUUAUACUUGGCCUCUCCAAAGGAAGCACUUAACUGUGGCACCAACAGCCCAUCUGCAGGGGGCAAAACACACUGGGGCGCCCCGCGACCUGCUCCAGACAAUGAGGGCAAGAGCGACGAGGAGGCAUUGGACGAUUGCCUGGUCCCCAAGGGGCCCCUAGUAGGACAGAUCAAUGAUACCAUCUUCAAAAUGGCAAACUUUGAGCAGGCCCUCCAAGGAGACACAAGAAUCGAGUCAUCUGCAGAUCUUCUAGUCUCCGAAGAGUAUGAGGAGACGCAUCUUUGAAGGACCUUGGAUGUCACGGAUACUUCUGCAUCCAAAUAGAGCUCAUCACCUGUGGCUCCCUACACUCAAAUCAUGCAGGCAAUUUGGAUGUUGUUUUCCCAACCGUAUUUUCUCUUUUGCUUGUCACUCACAAGGGAUGAAUGUACCUCACAUGCAGCUCGGUAAAUCUAGUAGUACAGGUUUUGCAAAAAUCCCUAGUUCCUAGAGAAAACCGGCAGCUGUAUUUUGAAAGCUGGCUAAAUUUCGUGUGUAGCUGCAUGUUUUAUCAAGUUAACAAUCUUGGUUGAGGAUGGCGUAUACAGUUGUUUCUUUUCCAGCCAGUCUUGUUUAAAUAAUGUUUUACUUUAAUAAAAGGACAGCCUUAAAAGAACUGAAAUGCUUGAAAUGAAAUAUGCAGUUUUUGUAAGUUUGAAUUUAUGAGAAAUAAUAGAGAUUUUGGCCUCUGUUCUGUUUUGGAAUGCCAGAAGUACAAAUUGUAAUUACUUAUAUUCCAUUUAGUUUUCAAAUGUUCAUUGUUAGAGUGAUCACAUUCAUGCUGCAUGUUUUAUUAACAUAGUAACUAUGAGUGUGUUUUUCAGUAUUUUAUGAGUUUUUGCAACAUCAUUACUUGCAUCGUUUUCAAUGGCAAACGGUUUCCUGUUUUAGAUCUUUUUGGGCACAUGCAUAUAUUCGUAAUUUUUAAUUUUUUUUUUCACUAGGGGUUAAAGAUUUUUCACAUAUGGGCUUUCAGCCGUUAGGGUUCUCUUUAAACCUAAUGACCAAAGAUAUUGAAACUCAAAAUCAUUUGUAUAUACCUAUAUCAUUUCGUAGAACUCAUCAAAGGUAGUAAACAUGGGUGAAAGCUUUAAUUGAAUUAUUCAGAUUUUUUUCUCUCUUUUAAAUUGUUGAUGGUAUAUAACUUUUGGCAACUAUGUAUUUCAUACAGGAGAUUAAAUUGGCCUCCAAAUGGAAAUCACUGUAACAAUUAA